AUGGUGGCCUUGUUCACUCCAUUUGUCUGGGCAGGGCUUACUGCUCUCGCUCUUGGGGAGUUGUACCCGCCCUACUAUGCAGACUUAUCGUGGCAACCGGCGAGAACGCUAUCCAACUGGUCGAAUUUGACUGUGGAGACACGAACGGGAACCUUUGUUGGCAUGCUGAACGACACAUACCCCAAUGUCCGCCAAUUUCUUCGGGUUCCCUAUGCACAGCCUCCAGUCGGGGACCUUAGAUGGCUUCCUCCUCAGAAAUUAGCCAACUCGUCGAAGCGAAUCGACUCGACACGCUAUGGACCUGCCUGUCCGCAGUAUGUCGCUUCCGGAAGCAGCAUGUGGGCAGAAUACGCACCUCCAAGUCUCCUGCUCAAUAUUGGGGAGGCACCCAAUCAGGGAUCAACUGCUUGGUCCUCCUCAGAAGACUGUCUAUCGCUAGCUGUGUGGACUCCAGCCUUUGCCAAUAAGACAUCAAACCUGCCUGUCGCGCUUUUCGUCACAGGUGGUGGUGGCGUCACUGGCGGAAUCGAUAUUCCAUCCCAGCUGCCGUCAAACUGGGUGUCAAACUCCCAGGAACAUAUUGUCGUAACGAUAAAUUAUCGGGUCAACAUCUUCGGCAAUCCCAAAUCAAAAGCUCUGAAUGAGACAUCGCUGACUUUGUUGGAUGUGCGAGCCGCAGUAGAAUGGGUAGCCGAAAAUAUUCGGGCGUUCGGUGGAGACCCAGACAAUAUCAUGCUAUGGGGCCAAUCACAAGGAGCAGCACUCACUCAUCUGUAUACUCUUGCCUUCUCCGAUGACCCUCGCGUGGCAAAAUUUGGUGUCAUCUCCCAGCCGCCAUCAGUGACAAUCAAUCUCACGGAGACAUCAGAUGUAUAUGAAGACUUCCACAUUGUUGCAAAAGGCCUUGGAUGCAACUAUGAAGACGAUGCGGAGGCUGAGCUGGAAUGCAUGCGCCAGGUAUCAUGGGUACAGAUUGAAGAGUAUAUCAACCGCUACAACGGCACCCGGUCGAUUGCUUUCUCCAACUAUAUCCCCGACGAAAAGUAUAUCUUUUCCAAUGAGACGGCACGUUAUGCCGCAGGUCGGGUCGCACGAGGCCCAGCAAUCCGCUCCGACGCCUCACGGGAACAAGCCAGCACAUCGGUGGCCACGACAAUGGAAGGAGAGGGUGAAUGGGUCUGCACAGCAUACCAGGACUCCAUCCUACGGUCAUCUCUAGGUCUUGACACAUACCGGUAUGAAUGGGCUGGGAAUUUCUCCAAUAUCAGCCCAGUACCAUACCUUGGUGCAUUUCAUUGGUCAGACCUUUUGAUGAUAUUCGGCACAUAUAUGACAGACGCGGGGAAUAUUUCAGCCCUGGAGGUUGCGACAUCAAGGACCAUGCAGUAUUUCAUCUUGGCAUUCAUCAAGGACCCCUCCACGGUCAGCUCCACUGUGGGUUGGCCCGCGUUUAAUGCUUCUGCUCCUGCAGGAGGCCUGAUUCUCGAGUUUGGCAAUGGGACUAGUGUCAGAAAUAUCACAGGUGAUUUCUUAGAGGCUGGAUGCUGGGACUCUGCUGUGCCAUUCAGGAUCUAUGAGCCGAGGAUAUGA